AUGCCCACGCAGCUGCCACAAGAGGGCGCUACUAAUCAACUCGUCACAAUGUUCUGCGGCGCCGCCAAAUUGUGCGGCUACCCGCAGAACCAAUCAGUCGUAGGGCAAACCUCGCAGAGAGAACAGUCAGCCAAAAUGAACCGGUCAUUCUUGGUAGACACAUUGAUCAGUGAUUCGAAAGAUUGCAAAAAGACAGACAUGUCCAGUGACCCAUUGCACGCGUAUACCAAUUUUAUGAGCCACCAUUUGGACACGAGACCGAAGUUCCUGCCGUAUCCAUAUCCAGGAAGCUUAAACCUGCUAAGUUUAGGACUUCAGCAACAGCAAAGAGCUCCAGAUUUGUUCAGACCCUUUCUGGAGCACCUCAACUUCCGUUAUCCGUUGAUGCAUCAACUGCCACGCCAACCAGAGGUAUACGAACCAAGUGACAACAGACAAAUAGAUGGAUAUUUGAAAACAGAAGAGCCAGAACCUGUCAACUUUGUGAGCCGGCGAAAGAAGUCCGUAUCACCGUACCUGCAUCACCCUUAUAAGCCAACAACGUCACCAUCUAAAAGUCAAGGACAAAGGUCACCGUCUUUAUCGAGCGACAGUAGAAAUGGCACUCCAAGUCCACCGUUAGCUCAUCCAGAAGAACUCCUACCAGGUUACUCCAAGGAACUCAAACGCUUGCCGUUAAAAGAAGAUUCAAGCAAACGCAUCAGAACAGCUUUCACGGGGACCCAACUAUUGGAAUUGGAAAGAGAAUUUUCCAUGAACAUGUACUUGUCGAGAUUGAGGCGUAUCGAGAUCGCAUCGAGAUUGAAGUUGUCGGAAAAGCAAGUGAAAAUCUGGUUCCAGAAUCGUCGCGUUAAGCUAAAGAAGGAAGAGAGCCCGUCCUCCAAUGAUGGGAGAGUGAAGAAGUGCUGCUGUGCCAAAGCGUCGUGCUCCAAAAAUAGUUCGACAUCAUGUGAAAACGAACAAGAACAAAUUGAUGUGGUUAGUGAUAAUGAUGCUAGUUUUGAAGCACAGAAUUUAUCACGCUUCUCUUGAUUAACUGCAGUUGGUAACUAGUGUAGGUUAGUUUGUAAAAUAAAUUAUUGCGGUGUUCGCUAAACUCAGUAUUUUGUGUCAGGGCUUUUUCAUUUUAAAGUUUGGUAAAUUGUAACACGAUUAACUUAACAGUUAUAGAAAAACAGUACCUAAUGCGAUAGUAAUAAUUUUAUUGUUAUCUGGGUUUAUAACUACUUUUAGCACCUAUUUAUGAAAUUGUAAAUUAAGUAACAUUUUGAUUUUCCAACGGUAUUAACAGACGACUGAACUUUGUGUAAAAUGUAAAAAAUAAAGAGGAUUAAUUUUUCAUUUGAAAACAUAGCGUAAGGUUUGUAUAUAGAAAUAAUUUAUAAAAGGUUCUAAAGUUUGGAAUGGUGAUAGAAAUAUAUUUUCGUAAAAAUUUACAACUUGUUAGAUACAAAUAAAAUUUUAUGA